CGCUAGUCACUACUUCAAUUUCAGAUUUUUUUUACAUCAACAGGAAAUCAAUCAACUCGAUCAGGCAAGGAUAUGAAGGAGAUUUGAUAGUCAACAGUAGCACAUACGUACAGAAAAAACUUGGGAGUGAUUAUUAUGAGAUCAAGCGAUCGGAGGGUAAGGGGCUCAGGCAAGACCCUUCAUCAUGAAAGUUCACAACCAUCAACAGACACUACGAUCCGACCCAUACUUUCAAACAAGCAGCACGCCCAGCCGGUGAUUCUGAGGUCCCAAUCAGUAGGCCUGGAUCCAGCUCGGCCAGCCCAGCGACACUCGCGACGGACUCGACGGGAUGCGACGUCCAACUCGACCUUACUGAUCAAAGCGUAUCUGAAGAACCCAGUGAACCCGGUGCCGUUCCGGUCGCCUUUAAAGACCAGCCAAAUAGUCACGGGGGAGUCGUCUCAAACGAGGCCAUCAGCGGAGGGCUCUUCAUCGUCGACCAAGCCCAGUCGAGUCGGGACCGAUAGACCCGAUCAACGUAGAUCGCCUCCUAGACUUAAUGGGCCCUUCCUGAGGAUCCGGGCCGAUGACGACUACGUCUCUCGCCGGGUCGACGCCCUCUUCUAUGGCCCUGUCGACCCCCUCCUCGUCGACCCUUCGAUCGACCAUCCUAUCUAUUACACCUUCCCCGCACUCGAGGAAGCGCUCAUGACCCCGAUCGAUUGCUGCGAAUGGGACCUCUUCGACCCCGUCAUCCUUCACCCCUCUUUACCUCCCCUUCGUCACUCUAAUCCUUCUAUUCUAUCUACCCCUUCCUCAUCUUCACCCUUCUCUUCUUCCUCUUCCUCGCAAUCCUCUCUCAUCUCUCCUGAAUCCCUCGUCCAUCUUACCUCUGAACUCUUUCCUUGGGAUAAUAAGAAAGGCAUUGGCCCCUUCAAUAUCCACUAAAUCAACCCCCCCCCCCUCUCAUCCUCAAAAUACUCUAGUCAUUCCCUGUGUAAGUUACCUUGGACUUGUCAAGUCUUGUCAAUCGAAAUUCAAAAAAAAAAAACUAAGAAUUCUCAGACUGUUCUCAAAUAGUAUGAUCAUCAUUCAGAUCAUUCAUGUUUUUUUUCUUCCUGAAGCUUCUUC